AUGGCAGUGCUCUUCUCCCCUUCCUCCGUCUCCUCCGUCUCCUCAAUGGCAGGUGGCGGCAGGAGGUGGUUGUGCUCGGGGAUUGGCGACGUGUUCUCGGGCCAGACCGCCUACGAAGUGCUCGGGGUGCCGGAGACAAGCUCGUUCUCCGAGAUCAAGGCGUCCUUCCGCAAGUUGGCGAAGGAGACGCACCCCGAUGUUUCCCCCAUCUCCGAGCCGUCCGUCGCCUCCCAUCGGUUCCUCAAGAUCCUCGCGGCUUACGAGGUUGGUUCUGGAAUGAUAGGCGCAUCCAGUGGUCGGCGGGCGUUAUAAAUUUGUUUUGUGGAUGCUUAGAGACUGUUCGGUUUGUUAGCGAGAUGGCCUGUGGUGAUGGAUGGGAGAUGAGAAGUGGGGGGGGGUUCUAGUUUUUUACUCCUCGUUCCGAAAUUAGCAUCAAUAGUUACGACUUCUCGUUGUAAAAGAUUUAUCCCUUGAAAGCUCUUUGACGGAUGAUCUUGGAUCGCAGAUUCUCUCCGAUUCGGAGAAGAGGGCUGAUUAUGAUAGCUUUCUCUUCUCUCAGAGGCAGAUUCUUGAGAAGCAGCCAGGGGUCGGCAGCUCACCGGUGUAUGCAUACAGACACAGCUCCUAUGUAGCAGUGCCAAAACAAGCUGACGUUGUAGAGUGGUUGGAAUGGUAUAGACUUGCUGUAGGUGAUGUCAUUUCGCAGAGGAAAGUUGCUUCAGGGACGGGCUAUUUCGGAGAACUCGAGAACGAGUUGUAUUCAGCCAUUCGUGCGGCUUAUUACGGUCCUGUGAUAGAGUCCGCCGGUCAUCUCCCAGAUUCCUUUGAAGCGGAGGAGAGAUCCGGUGAGCAGACUCUCGAGGUGUUGCACCUAGUUUCUGGUCGUGAUCUCCUGGGGAUUGUUUACAUUGCUGAUAGCGUUCCUCGGUUAUCCCACGGCAGUGUUGGAAAGUUAGAUUCUUCUUCCUUGAAGUGUCCUCAGCCUCGCCAAUCUCAUGAGGACAUAAACACCAAAAUAAUUUCUGUUUCUCCGGAAGGUUUUGACAGUAAUGAAUUUCAUGGUGGACAUUGCGACGAUCAUUUGCCUGAUGCUUACAGAGAACUAGAAGUCUAUAUAUCUGGUAGACUAAUAGCCACAGCGACUAGGGAUCCUCCUGGAGAUCAUCAUAUCAAGAACGCUACAGCAGGCUGUUCUGAGGAUUGCAUACGUGUUUUUCUUGGAAGCAGUAGAGACAAAGCAGAGAGAAGGGAAAUAGAUCCAGCGGGGGUCAUGCCAUAUACGACAGUUGGAACAAGUAACCUACUGGGAACAAUAAGAGGACUAGGAACCACUUCUGAGGAAGGAUCCUGUUAUGUCUACGACAAUAAUGGUGCAAAAACUCAUGUGAUUAUGAAACAUAGAACGUUACUGGUAUGUGAAACUAUUAUCUGCAAUACUUCACUGUCUUACCUCCCUCAGGAUUGAUGUACUUUUUUCUUUCAGAAAUAGGUUUGUGUUUUUAAUAUUCUUAAAUUAUCUCUUUACUGUGGUUGAGGGUAAAUUUUUUCGUUCGCUGCUAGAUAGCCAUGUGAAUUUUCUCACCGCAUAAAGAGCCUUUGGUUUUUUCAAUUUCUUCGUACAAAACUGAAUCCGUUUUUUUUUUUUUUACUCUGGGGCUAAUCCAAUCUGCAACCGAAAUUUAUUAAAGUUUCUAAGGAUUUUUUUAUUUAAUGAAUAAAGGGCCCAUUCUAGAAGCUGAUGUUGAUUUUUAUGGGUUAGUUUUUGAGACUAUAAAAAACCUUCUUAUUUGUUUGUAUCUGAGUUGGCUACUAGAAUGAGCAAACAGAGGAAAGGUUGAGAACAAGUACACGCAAUAUCUGACUUCUCUUAGCAGAUAAUUAAGGGUCAAUAGAGUUCGGAUGAAAGAGCAUUUGUAUCUAUAGCACAGCUGGUGGGAUACAUCUUAUUUUGUAAAUGAUUUAAUGUUCAGGUGUAUGAUGAACUGUGUGAAUAUUCAUUUUUCAUUUGGUGAAAUAUGCGGGCGAAAACAUGACAAAGGUGACCUUGUUGUUUUAUAGGAUUUUCUGCACCUGCACAAGUUGAAAGUACAUCUCCAACCAGUCAGACUUCAGUGCCUUUCUAGAGUAGGAAGAAGCUGCUCCCUUGGCUAUAGUUACUUGACAUACUAACCUGUCAAAUUGGGAAACCAAAUGUCAAGCUAAGUGUAGAUGUAGGUUUUCGUAAUACUUGAAUCGAACUAUGACUGCGAUAUGCGAAACUAGUUGACGAUGUUUGACAUAUGGCAUGCUGGGUAUACUAAACAUUUUCUUUAACGCAGAGAAUGUUCAAUUUUCUGCCAUUUGUUUUAUGUUAUGCAUGGGGUAUCUUUCCUGAUAGAAUAGGCAGGUCACUAUGGUUGAGAUCUUUAUGGGGGAUUUUAUUUUGUUGAUAAUUUAUGAAUUUUGAAUAUGAUCAAAAUUUUCUGCUGUUUUUCUCUCUCACACGAAUACCUAUCACAUUAAGUGGGGAAGCAAGGAAUCGAUUUCUUUGUGUUUUAUCGAGUAAUUGCACAUGAAAAGUCGGUCCAUAUUUUACUCUACAAGUUAAUGACCCUGCGCUUCAUUCUUUUCAGGUGAAACACAUGCACUGGUAUGCAAUCGGAGAAGAAAUUGCAACUUGUGAAUGUAGAUGCAGUCGUGCCCGACUACCUCCUAGUAGGUUAGUUUGUUCAUAUCCCUUCGCCGAGUUUUAACUAGAUUAUGAUUACAAGUAUCUUUCACGAUCAUGUAACUUCUAAUUUCUGAGAGUUGGUUUCGUGGUUGAAUUAUAAAACAUGGAAUGUUGAGUGUCUGUACAACCUGCUUGUAAGUAUGUCCACUGGCUCUCUUGUUUGGGAACCAAUACUCCAUGAACUAUGAAGUUGAGAUUAAAUAUAUUUGCCAAGAGCCUUUUUUUAAUGGUUUUGAAAGUAAAAGCCUUUUGGAAAGGAUUCAAUUUCAAACUUUUGCGCUCGCGCCCCUUCAUCUUUGAUUUGAACCUGGCGAACUAGACUGGUCACCACUUGAUUUUUACUUUCCUAUGUCAUGAUGCUUACAUCAAGUCUGGAGUUCUUUUGAGUUUUUAGGCAGUUUCUGGUGCAGAUUUUGGUUAUUUGAGCCCCGUAGUUGCAUGCAUGAUAUUGGUGGUUGGUAUGUUGAAACAUUUGGCCGAGACAAGAGAGGCCGGACGACCCCAUCAAAAAGGGAGUGGGAUGGCACAAUGGAGCAUAAUGAAAAGUAAGUGUGCACAUGUUAAUUUUAAACCCAAUAUUUCUGCAUAAUUGUUUGCGACUUUGAGAUUGAGAAUUCUGUUAUAUAUAAUGUUAUAGUACUCACAUUAGCGUACCUGUACAUGCAUAUGAUUGGUGAGGAUUUCUCCUGUGAUUCACAUUUGAGCCAUGAUAAUAAAAUGUUUCACAAGGGAUUGUAUAUUAGUAAAUUUUUUGUGUAAUUCUCUUGUUUAUGUUAGUUAUAUUUUUGGGUAUCUAGCCUCUUGAAAAAGAUAUUUCAUGUACACAGGUAUAGUUUUUCAAUGACGGUCUUCUUUUUCAGUCCAUCUUCUAACCUGAUACUUUAAUGUUGUGCAGGAGGUUGCAUCCUGCUAUGUAUUUGGUGGCCCUUGCAUAUAAAACUUUAGAUCUUGAGUUCGCAAAAAGGCAGAAGAGACCCUUGAGAGAUAUAGUCGGAUCUACUGUCUCUAAUCUAUUCCAUUGGUGCAAGAGACUGGUUUAG